AUGACCAUCAUUGGAGACACAACCAUAACCCAUACUGAUUAUCGUAAUGAUAAUCACUUUCUCUCGCUAGCGAGCUACAAGGAAAUCGGUACUGAAAAGCUGAAAACGUAUUUUCUAAUUGAUAUUCUUGGACAAGUGGUUGAUCUUGGAAACAUCAUAUCGGUUCAAGUUAAGGGCGAAGAAAGGAAGAGAGUUCAAUUCCGUUUGCGUGAUACAAGACUACUUGGAAAAGAGACUACUAUGGCUAGGGUUACAAACAGUGAAAUCAUUAUGUUGAACAAUCUCAAACCAUAUAAGACUACUUGGAAGGUUGAAGUGAAAGUUCUUCAUUCGUGGACACAACACUCAAACUAUUUUAGAGAAGACACUUUCGAGUUAAUACUCGAAGCUAAGAUG